CCAGACCACUAUGACGACACUAGAAGGUGCUGUGGAUACAGAACUUCCGCGUUCAGUCUUGAAACUUAGCGUCUCUCCAAAGUUAGGCGAGCCUCCUGCUCAGCGCUGGGCUUGGAUCCCUGACAUGGAGGAAAUGCUGUCAUUCAGGGAUGUGGCCAUUGAUUUCUCUGCAGAGGAGUGGGAAUGCCUGGGCCCUGCUCAAUGGAAUCUGUACAGGGAUGUGAUGUUGGAGAACUACAGCAACCUGGUGUUUUUGGGUCUUGCCUUCUCUAAGCCAUACCUGGUCACGUUUCUAGAGCAAAGUCAAGAGCCUUCAGAUGUGAAGACACAAGAAGCUGCCACCAUGCACCCAGAUAUAAAACCAUAUAAAUGUAAAGAAUGUGGCAAAGCCUGUGAUUGGAACUCACUUCUUCUUGAAUACCAGAGAAUUCAUCCAGGUGAGAAAGCCUACACGUGUGAAGAAUGUGGAAAGGCUUCUGGUUCUUCUCUGGUACUUUCGGAACACCAGAUAAUUGAUCUAGAAGAGAAAGCCUACAAGUGUGAAGAAUGUGGCAACGUUGUUUGUACUUGCUCAGGACAUUCUAGCUACCAGAGAAUUUGCAUUGGGGAGAACCCGUACAAGUGUGAAGAAUGUGGGAAAGCCUUUUCUACGCAUUCGUGUCUUACUCAGCAUGAGUUACAACACACUGGACAGAAAUCCUAUAACUAUGAAGAAUGUGAGAAGCUGUUUUAUUGUCCAUCUUACCUCACGGAACAUCAAAGAAUUCACUCUCAAGAGAAUCCCUUGAAGAUUGAAGAAUGUAGAGAGGUCUUCUGUUCACCCAUAGAACUUUCUAAAGACCAGACAUUUUGUACUGAAGAGAAACCCUACAAGUAUGAAGAAUGUAUUAAGACCUUUAGUGCUUGCACAGUGCUUUCUGAACAUCCAAGAAUUCAUCCAGGAGAGAAAGCCUACAAGUGUGAAGAAUGUGGCAAUGCCUUUUGUGAACUCCAUUCAGUAUCUAAACACCUGAAAAUUCCUUGUGAAGUGAAAUCCUACAAGUGUGACGAAUGUGGGAAAGCCUUCCCUAGUCAUCUUUCCCUGAUUCAACAUAAGAUAGGGCAUACUAGAGAGAAGCCUUACCAAUGUGAAGAAUGUGGCAAAAUGUUCUACUGUUCUUCAAACCUUAAACAACAUCAAAUAACUCAUUCUCAAGAGAAACCCUACAAGUGUGAAAUAUGUGGCAAGGUCUUUAGAACUUGCUGGCAACUUUCUAAACACCUGAGAAUCCAUUCGGGAGAGAAACCUUACAAGUGUGAAGAAUGUGGCAAAGCCUUUUAUACUCUCUCAUACCUUACUCAGCACAAAUUAGGUCAUACCGGGGAGAAACCUUACAAGUGUGAGGAAUGUGGCAAAACCUUUUACUAUCCUUCAGUCCUUAAGGAACAUCAAGCAAUUCAUUCUGGAGAGAAACCAUACAGGUGUGAUGAAUGUGGCAAGGACUUCUGUACUCGUUCAGGACGUUCUAGACACCAGCGGAUUCAUACUGGAGAGAAACCCUACAAGUGUGAGCAAUGUGGAAAAGCCUUUUCUACUCAUUCCUACCUUUCUCAUCACAAGAUAGUUCACACUGGCCAUAAACCCUACAAGUGUGAAGAAUGUGGCAAAAAGUUUUACUACCCUUCUCGCCUUAAGGAACAUCAAAGAAUUCAUUCUCAAGAGAACCCUUACAAGUGUGAAAUAUGUGGCAAAGCCUUUUAUACUCAUUCAUACUUUACUCAGCACAAAUUAGGUCAUACCGGGGAGAAACCUUACAAGUGUGAGGAAUGUGGCAAAGCCUUUUACUAUCCUUCAAUCCUUAGGGAACACCAAGCAAUUCAUUCUGGAAAGAAACCAUACAGGUGUGAAGAAUGUGGCAAGGACUUCUGCACUCGCUCAGGACGUUCUAGACACCAAAGAAUUCAUACUGGAGAGAAACCCCACAAGUGUGAGGAAUGUGGGAAAGUCUUUUCUACUCAUUCCUACCUUACUCAGCACAAGGUAGUCCACUCUGGAGAGAAACCUUACAAGUGUGAAGAAUGUGGCAAAAAGUUCUACUAUCCUUCUCGCCUUAAGGAACAUCAAAGAAUUCAUUCUCAAGAAAACCCUUACAAGUGUGAAAUAUGUGGCAAUGUCUUUUGUACUCCCAAAGGACUUUCUAAACACCAGAGAUUUCAUACUGGAGAGAAACCCUACAAGUGUGAAGAAUGUGGCAAAAUGUUUUACUAUCCUUCUCGCCUUAAGGAACAUCAAAGAAUUCAUUCUCAAGAGAACCCUUACAAGUGUGAAAUAUGUGGCAAAGCCUUUUAUACUCUCUCAUACCUUACUCAGCACAAAUUAGGUCAUACCGGGGAGAAACCUUACAAGUGUGAGGAAUGUGGCAAAACCUUUUACUAUCCUUCAAUUCUUAAGGAACACCAAGCAAUUCAUUCUGGAAAGAAACCAUACAGGUGUGACGAAUGUGGCAAGGACUUCUGCACUCGCUCAGGACGUUCUAGACACCAGCGAAUUCAUACUGGAGAGAAACCCUACACGUGUGAGCAAUGUGGAAAAGCCUUUUCUACUCAUUCCUACCUUUCUCAACACAAGGUAGUUCACUCUGGAGAGAAACCUUACAAGUGUGAAGAAUGUGGCAAAAUGUUUUACUACCCUUCUCGCCUUAGGGAACAUCAAAGAAUUCAUUCUCAAGAAAAUGCCUACAAGUGUGAUGUGACAAAGUCUUUAGUACUCACUUAGAAUUUGCUACACACCUGAGUAUUCAUUCUGGAUAAACCCUGCAGGUGUGAAGGAUGUGGAAAAGCUUUUAACUUAUCCAUCCUCAUCUCAGGUCAUAUUCCUGGAGAGAAAUCUUACCAAUGUCAGAAAUGUGGUAAAAUAUUUUCUAUCCUCAACCUUAAGCAACACCAACUAACUCAUCCUGGAGGGAAAUCACACAAGUGUGAGGACUGUAGGAAGGUCUUUUGUACUCACUUGGAACUUCUAAGCGUCAAAAGAGUCAUACUGGUGAGAAAGACCACAAAUGUGUAAAAGUUUCCACUAAACUGUGUAACCUUGCCCAGCACAAGGUAGUCCAUUCUAUUCAGAAACACUAUUCAUGGGAAAAUGCUGGAAUUUUUUUUUAACUCUUCAAUCCUUAAGAAAAAAAAUCACAGUUUAUUCUCAAGGGAUACCCUAGAAGUGUGAGGGUUAUGUCAAAGCCUUUGCUUAUCAUUCAGACCAUAAGAAACUCAAAUGAAUCCAUAAUAGAGAGAAACCAAACCCUAGUGAAGAAUGUUGCAAGUACUUUACUUCAACACUUAAUAAUUCAACACUUUCUAACCUCCAUAAGAUUUAUAAUGGGAAGAAACACUACAAAUGUGAACGAAUUGACAGAGCUUUUAAAGGCACUUCAUUAGUUAACAAAAGUAUUGGAAUCAUUUGUCAUUCAGCCUUUGCUGAACAUGAGAGAAUUCACACUUGGGAGAAUCUCUACAGAUGUGCAGAAUAUACCUAGGUGUUUAGCUGUAAUUUGUCACUGCAUAAGCAUGAAAGAAUUAGUCCUCCAGAAAUGUAAAGAAAGUGGCAAGGUGUUUUUCAUACUUUAAUUAUACUCAAAGACCUCGUACUGGAGAGAAGCUACACAUAAAAACAAUGUGUCAAACUCUUUAAUCAUAUUUCAAAUCUCAGUCAACACCAAAGAAUUUAGUAAGCUUCACUAUUAAACUUCACACCUCUGCAGUUUCUAAGGGAGUCUCAGCUAUGUGGUUGCCUAGAUCUGACUGGAACCUUGGAUGCUGAUUAAUGCCCAGUCCUGCCCUGGGCAGCUGGUCCUGUGAAAAUGAGAAUUCUGGCCAUGCAGAAAUCUGAGGGAACAAGUCAGUAAGCAGAAUUCCUUAAUGGUUUCUACUUUAGUUCCGGUGUGAAGGUUUUCCCUUGACCUCUUGCCCUGGCUGACCUGGCUGACCAGUUCCUAACCUGGAGAGACCCACUUCCUCUCCUGACUUGUGUUUUAGUCAUGGCCUUUGUCACAGCAGCACACACCAGGCAGCAGUGGACAUGGAGAUGCUUUUCCGUCUCUUUACACCUUAGUUAUCAUCAGUCUUCAUACUGGAGAGAAUCACAAUAUCUUUGAGUGAAGAAUCAAACCCCUAACCUCAGCUAAGAACAUCUGAAUCCUAUAGCAGAGACUUCCCUUUAUUGUAAUCUACAAACCUGUUCUUUCAGACAAUGUGUUUUCAAGGUGCAUCACCUGUUAACUAUAAAUGGUUCCAGAAAUUAAUGCCAUGUUGUCGAACUGUACUUUAGUAACCUGAAUCUGGAUUCCUGAGCAGAAUCCAGAUAUGGCAGAUUUCCCCUGGAGUCCCCCAAUUGUAAGUAACCCUUCCCCUUUGGUCUGUAAGAAAACCCAAUAAAUUCAAUUUUCUCAUCAA